CUUCUUCAGUGUGAUGGGAAUUUGUACGACUCCAUCUCAGUAGCGAUCAAAGCUGCUCUCUUCAUCACUAAAAUUCCCAGAGUUCACAUCUCAUCCGUUGAGGAAGGAGGGAAGGAGAUCGAGCUCUCUGACGACCCGUACGACUGCAUGAGACUCGAUGUGGAAAACGUUCCCUGCAUAGUGACUUUAUGCAAGAUCGGCCACAGACACGUGGUGGAUGCCACCCUGCAGGAGUAGGCCUGCUCUGUGGCGAGCCUCAUCAUCUC